AUGGGCUUCUACUUCUUCUCGAGCGUGCUGCUCGUGCGUGCGUCCCUCCCGUCGCGCCACCGGGGCGGGAUCGAGUCUGCGGUGGGUGGGCUGGGCUUCGCCUUCCUGCACCACUGGUUCGACACGCUCUUCCUCAGCUCGGCCGCACUCACCGCCGCGAGCCUCGUCGCCUCCGCCACUCUCUUCUCGCACCGCCGCCGGCUCCGGCUCGACGUGGGCAGCUCGCAGAAGGUCUCGGGCGAAAGGCAGCGCCGCGCCGCGCCUUUUGCACCGCGCCCCGGCGAGAGGUCGGCGAGAGGCCGGCGAGGCUGUCGGUGUUAG